AUGGAGGACAUUGAUUGUAGCAGCUUCUUCGACCACAUCGACGACCUCCUCGAAUUCCCCGAAGAAAUGAUGACUGCCGACACCACCAUUACAGCGCCGGUUGCUGCUCCUCCAACGAGCUUCUGGUCCACCCAGUCCCACUCGCUCCCCACCACCAACAUGGUUUUCUCCGACAACGCACCGGAUCUAUCAGCAGAGUUCUCUGUUCCGGUGAGAUUUCAAAUUCUUCUGACAUCUCAUUCAUCCACUUGUGCACUGACAACGCGGUCACUUGGAUUACCUGAACCGGUUGCGUGUAGUUUUAUCAUCGCUCCUGGUUUUGCAGUUCAUGCCUCACGAGGAAAUGUGGUUUCAUCAAAAUUUGUUAACUGCAUCAAAAGAUAUGAAGACAUUGUACAAUUGGAAUGGCUGUCAAAUUUUGUUGAAGACUCUUUCUCUGAUGGAACUCUCACCAUGCAGCAAGAGGGGUCACAAUGCACCACCAAGGAGGAAAUAACUCAUGCUCAAUUUCAGACAGCAAGCCCAGUCUCAGUCCUUGAAAGCAGCAGUUUCUGCUCCAAGGAAAAGGCUGCACCUCGUACCCCCGAGAUUUACAUUCCUGUGCCGUGUGGGCGAGCGCGCAGCAAGCGUGCUCGCCCUGCUGCCUUCAAUCCCCAUCCAGUGAUGCAGCUCAUCUCCCCGGCAUCCUCCACCGGCGAGAACACGCAUCACAAUGCCACCUCCUCCAAGACCCCAGACUCUGAGAAUUUCGCUGAGUCCAUGAUCAAGAAGCCCAAGCAGGCUUCUAGUGAGCACAAGAAGAAAAGGAAGAUCAAGGUGACUUUCUCAGCAGGUCAAGAUCACAAUGCUGCACCAUCACAGGCACUGAGGAAAUGUUUGCACUGUGAGAUAACCAAGACACCACAGUGGAGGGCAGGGCCAAUGGGGCCAAAAACACUCUGCAAUGCUUGUGGCGUGCGCUACAAGUCGGGGCGGCUCUUCCCGGAAUACCGGCCGGCCGCCAGUCCAACGUUCUGUGCAGCCUUGCACUCUAACUCCCACAAGAAGGUCCUUGAAAUGAGAAACAUGACAGGCACCAAAUCUGAUUUUGCAGCAGAUUCAGCUGCCUCACCAGAACUUAUUCCAAACACUAACAGCAGUCUUUCCCUGGAAUACAUGUGA